AUGUCUACCUCCCCUUCUUCCAAUGAACGGGGUCUCCCUUUGAAGGAGAUUUACUACCACAGGUUUCCAGCGUUGAGGAAGUUGACCUCGGAAGGGAUUCCUCAUGCUCUAUGGGGUUGGGAUGCGUUCAAUGUCAUCGUGAAGUCGGAUUUUAGGACUCCCGCUGGGUCAGCCCAGCAGAUUCUUGUACCAGAAGAUCAACUCUUGGACGCCGGGGCAGCCCUCAUAGCAGACACCGACUCCCAAUAUGUCCACGGCGAUAUCGAUGGCACUCAUAAACACGAUGGAUCGCUCUGGCUCGUGCAACGAGACAACGCCGAUGCCUCUGAAAAACAUCAGCACCUUCCCCGUCAGAUCAGGCUGUCACCUGAAUCCAACUACGCCAUCAAUACUCGAGACCGGGAGCGCCUGGUCACCUUUGCCCCUAUCCCACCCUCGGGCUGCACCGAGCCCACCCCAAUCCUCAUCCCUGUCUACAUCAAGUUCAUCGAAGGAAUCAUUCACAACCUCAUGAGCCCACCAGCUGAGAUGAAUCCGUACGAAGCAUUCGAGCUCCCAUUGCUCGUGCAGAUGCUCCUCCACCUUCGAGUGCCACAGUACAAUGUCACAGAUACCCAUCCCGCGCGCAGCUUGUACCCGGAGGAGAGGCAGAUUCUCAGGGAAUUGACCUCUCCGCAAGCUCAUUGGUGGCUGCACCACUUGUUCUGGGAACGUUCUCCGGUCAAGUGGGAGCACAUUGAAGCUUACAAGCGUCAGGCCGCAGAGUCGCAGCACCGUGCUGAGAAGAACACGGGGAAAGCCAAGAAAGGCCCAAAGCCUCCUCCGCCUUCAGGGAAACGUUCUCUCUCCACCUGGGCCGUGUCUCCAAGGCUGGUUCCUCAGCCCACGCAGGCUUAUCGACAUCACACCCAACAACCGGUCAUUUUUCCGUGUUUCUUGGAGAUUGCCUCGUCCUUGAAGUGA